AUGGAUCGUAAGCGCAUCGAAAGUGAAAUUACGCAACUGUCGCACCACUUGGAUGCACGGACUAUAUGUAGUUCUCCGAACGCUAGAGAUGUCGACAAAUGUUUGGAUCUGCUGAAUGAAGUGGACGCCUAUUUGACUCACUCCGUGUUUGGAAAUGAUCGCAGUGCUGACCUUGAGCCCAGUAUUGUAGUUCUCGGGACCACUGGUGCUGGCAAGAGUACCAUUGUAUCGUUUCUCGUUGGCGAGGGCCGAACUGUUGUUCGUCACGAAAGUCGAUACGCUCGAGCGCUAAUUGCCGAUCCACCACUACCUGACGUGAAUAUUCGAAGUGGAGAAGUCUCCGUAAGCCUGCUCCCUACUGUAACUCAUGCCACUAUGGGAGGCGAGGUAGUUGCUGUGUGGGAUAUGCCUGGAUAUCGAGAUACGCGAGGUCCGUUUGUCGAGUUAGUGGUGCAUUUCAUUUUCAAGUGGAUGCUAAAAGUUGAUAAGCCUGUGAAAUUUAUACUUGUGACCCCGCCGCUGCAUGAGCGACCCCAGACUGUCAUGCUGCAGAACAUGAUUAACGGAUCUCUUAUUCGUAAGGACAAUGCAGUCAUUGUAUACACGAAGUGCGGAAGAGACUUCGACCCAGAGAGUACAUCUGAUCUCAAUAUCGAAGAAAAUAAACGGGAGAUUCGUUCGUUUGCACUCCCAGCACCAGCACAGAGCGAUGAAGAUGGCCACGACUACUCGCUACAGUAUUGUGCGCGGAAAGAUGAAAUGCUGAAGACUCUGAGCGGUCUUCAUUCGUAUAAGGUGGAGUACGAUGAAAAAUUACCGGAUGCUGCGAAACUUUUGCUGGAAGCACUUACAAAAACUUGUGUUCAGUUUGUUCAAGAAGAGCUAUCAAAGUGCUUUUUGUGUAAGUUUAAGUGGGAUCUCCUCAAAGGUUCCUUUGAGGAGAUAACCGACAUGUUGGAGACUUUGAAAUGCACCGAGGACAUUACUCUUAAGACAAUGGUGGAUAUCCUGGCUCGCAUUGCUCCAUCUGAUUACGAUUACGCCCCAGAAUUUUAUUGUGCAAAGCGCCGGCUUUCCAUCGUGGAAACCAUGAAUGGUGGCGAGACCCGACGCCAUUUAUACGAUUGGCUGAACGAAGAGUGUCGUCGUCUGCUGGAAAAAACGAAAGAGAAGCUUUUGGAUCUGAGGAAUGCAGUGAAAACGUAUAGUCUAACUUUAAAGACGGACGACACCUUGGUAAUCAGUGCGUUUCAGCUUCGUUUGUCUGACGAGCUUGAGAGAAUCGAGAAGUUCGUGAGGAAGCGUGAAGUGGCAAUCGACUCAGUCGAAGCAAUUCCCAAUGUGAUUAUCGUGGGCCACGCAUCACUCGACGUUGACGUUGGUAUCCAGAUGUGGACAAAUAUUGCUCUCGUUAGUCCGUCAAUCAGAGUGACAGCUGUGCGUGAAUUUGAUUUAUCUGCAAUUGGACAAGGAAAGUGUGCGGAACGCUUGAAUAGUGUCGCUGGACAAGAUGGAGCUCAUGGUGAGCCUGGCCUUCGUGGUGGAAAUCUAACUGCCGUGUGCCAAAAGUUGAAAGAUGAUUCGCAUAUUCUUCGAAGUACGGUUUCUUGUGGUCAAUCUGGUGGAGACGCGCAGAAUGGCGGCGAAGGAGUCGACGGUACAGACUCGGCAUACAGUAAGGCGACAUUCGAGGAAGCGAUCGAGCGGAAUGCGAAGCUUCAUCAUCUAAAGGAUAAUUCUACAGUCCCGAGAGACUUAGAAGAGGGGCUUCAACUUGUGAUGUACGAAGAGAACGAAGCACCAACUGGGCUCCUAUAUAGAACAGUAUGCGGAGUACCUGUCAUUGCGCAUUUAAGAAUUGCAAAGGAAUCGGAGUCUGGGACUUCAAGAAUUCAAGCUGGUAAUGGUGGCCAGGGCGGUGCAGGUGGGCUAGGCGGUAACAUUCGCAUACUGCUAGCAAACCAAAUAGUUUGGGAAGGAGCUGGGUUGAUGGGCCAGAAAGGUCUGGAUGGAAACCCAGGUAAAGCAUCUCGUGACGGCAAUGGCAGUCCUAGCUUUAUUGCUAAUACAAAGCAAUGGUAUUGGAGAGGCGGGUGGUUCGGUGAUAUUUUUGAGCCUAAAAUUGAUUUUCAAGUCGAGGAAGUGAAGGCUGAAGACCAACCGAAUCUCGUGCAUGCGAAGGUCGCGCAGGGAAACGGAAUUAUUCUAAUGAACGAUGGUCUUGGUUUAGAUAUGAUAAAGGCAGCGUAUCAGACCGUUCGUACAGAACUAGAGGAUUGUUUUCCUCAGUGUGACUUUAGUGAUUCCCAGAUUGGCUGGGAAGAUCCAAUCCGUACUGCGUAA